UCUUCGCAAGCCACCGCAACCGAAGCCCGCCUUCGCCGCCGCCGCCUCUGCGAUCCCCGCAAGGUCGCAAACAUGUCUACCGUGCUCCAGCGCCCGACCCCCGGCACGGUCCAGUGCUUCGGCCGCAAGAAGACGGCUGUGGCCGUCGCCUACACCAAGCCGGGGCGCGGGCUGAUCAAGGUGAACGGCGUCCCGAUUGAGCUCAUCAGGCCGGAGAUGCUCCGCCUCAAGGCCUUCGAGCCCAUCCUGCUGGCGGGGCGCUCCAGGUUCAAGGACAUCGACAUGAGGAUCCGCGUCCGAGGCGGCGGGAAGACGUCGCAGAUCUACGCCAUUCGCCAGGCCGUCGCCAAGGGGCUCGUCGCCUACUACCAGAAGUACGUCGACGAGGCCGCCAAGAAGGAGGUCAAGGACAUCUUCACCCGGUACGACCGCACCCUUCUCGUCGCCGACCCCAGGCGCUGCGAGCCGAAGAAGUUCGGUGGUCGCGGCGCCCGCGCCAGGUUCCAGAAGUCCUACCGUUGAGCGCUCGGCUGCCCGCGCUUGCCGUACCGAUGCCUGUGUUGUCCCAACUUGCCAGUUCGAUGCCUGUACCCGUGGCUUAAUUUUCUAUCAUCGGAGCUACUUAUGUGGUUCUAUAACUAGAUGCUGUUUUACCUUCAACUUGUGCUGUUGUACCUUCAUAUUUGGACUUUUUAAGCCUUGUGUCGGACGCCUUUGGCAUUGAAAUAUGAGAGAUUUUGAAGACU